CAGGGUCUCAAUGGAACUCCCGGACUCCCAGGAACAUCUGGUCUCCCAGGUUCAAAAGGAGAUCAAGGUCAGACAUUUGGAAUUUCCGGUAGCCCAGGACCCAAGGGACAACCUGGGGAGUCUGGUUUUAAAGGCGAGAAAGGAACAGAUGGAUUCGUUGGUGAUGUGGGUUUCCCAGGAAGCAAAGGUGAAGAUGGGAAUGUUGGUAUUUCUGGAGAUGUUGGCCUUCCUGGCUCCCCAGGACUCCCCGGGAUUGCAGGCAUGAGAGGAAAUCCAGGGUUUCCGGGUUCUCCAGGCCAUCCAGGGGCAACUGGGCCCCUGGGACCCUCUGGCCUAAUGGGAACCAAAGGUUUCCCUGGACUUCCUGGUUUACAUGGGCUGAAUGGGCUUCCAGGAACCAAGGGAACCCAUGGAACUCCGGGACCUAGUAUAACCGGCGUGCCUGGGCCAGCUGGCCUGCCUGGUCCCAAAGGGGAAAGAGGUUCUCCAGGAACUGGCCUUGGUGCCCCAGGGAAGCCAGGCAUGAAAGGACAAAAAGGUGGCCGAGGUUUCCCAGGUCUCCAGGGCCCUGCUGGUCUGCCCGGUGCCCCAGGCCUCUCCUUGCCCUCAGUCAUAGUGGGACAGCCUGGCGACCCUGGGCGACCAGGCCUAGAUGGAGAGCGAGGCCGCCCAGGCUCCCCGGGGCGCCCGGGGCCCCCUGGGCCGUCCUCUGAUCAAGGUGACCCUGGAGACCCUGGCUUCCCUGGAGUUCCUGGCCCUCAAGGGCCCAAGGGAGACCAAGGAAUUCCAGGUUUCUCCGGCCUCCCUGGAGAGCUGGGACUGAAAGGCGUGAGAGGUGAGCCUGGCUUCAUGGGGAUUCCAGGCAAGGUCGGGCCACCCGGAGACCCAGGACUUCCCGGGAUGAAGGGGAAGGCAGGGCCCAGAGGCUUUUCUGGACCCCGAGGUGCUCCUGGACAAACACCAAUUGCAGAAGCUGUCCAGGUUCCUCCUGGACCCAUGGGUCUACCGGGCAUCGAUGGCAUCCCUGGCCUCACGGGAGACCCUGGGGUUCAAGGCCCUGUAGGCCUCCAAGGCUCCAAAGGUUUCCCUGGCAUCCCUGGCAAAAAUGGUCUCAACGGACUCCCCGGCCCGCCUGGGGCUCUCGGUGACCCUGGUCUCCCCGGACUGCAAGGCCCUCCAGGAUUUGAAGGUGCUCCGGGGAAGAAGGGUCCCUUCGGGAGGGCUGGAGUGCCUGGGCAGAGCGUGAGAGUGGGGUACACCUUGGUGAAGCACAGCCAGUCGGAACAGGUGCCCCUGUGCCCCGUCGGGAUGAGCCAGCUGUGGGUGGGUUACAGCUUGCUGUUCGUGGAGGGGCAGGAGAAAGCCCACAACCAGGACCUGGGCUUUGCUGGCUCCUGCCUGCCCCGCUUCAGCACCAUGCCCUUCAUCUACUGCAACGUCGACGAAGUGUGCCACUAUGCCAGGCGCAACGAUAAAUCCUACUGGCUCUCCACCACUGCCCCCAUUCCCAUGAUGCCCGUCGGCCAGGCCCAGAUCCCCCAGUACAUCAGCCGCUGUUCCGUGUGCGAGGCGCCCUCGCAGGCCAUCGCCGUGCACAGCCAGGACGUCACCAUCCCGCAGUGCCCCCUGGGCUGGCGCAGCCUCUGGAUCGGGUACUCCUUCCUCAUGCACACUGCGGCGGGCGCCGAGGGCGGCGGCCAGUCCCUGGUCUCCCCGGGCUCCUGCCUGGAGGAUUUCCGAGCCACUCCUUUCAUCGAGUGCAGUGGGGCCCGGGGCACCUGCCACUACUUUGCCAACAAGUACAGUUUCUGGCUGACGACGGUGGAAGAGAGGCAGCAGUUUAGGGAGGAACCGGUAUCUGAAACGCUCAAGGCCGGGCGGCUCCACACGCGGGUCAGCCGCUGCCAGGUGUGUAUGAAAAGCCUGUAGGGAGGCACCUGCCCCCCCCCGCCCCGCCCC